AUUUAACUCAUUUAUAUGAGGAGGGAAUUUAAGUUUGCACCAAUCAUUCUCACUCUGACACUGUUCUUUUAUUUUGAAGGCACUGAAGUUUACAGGAAGUGGUGUUUUCGUUUCCGGGUCUUGAAGCCUCUCAGCCACAGAGCACAGUUAGCAUGUUUAGCUAAUGUAGCGUCCUGUUAGAGCAGAAUAGUCCUCACAACCGGAUCCAGUCUGACUUCAUAUUUCCUUCUUUAAAUCCUGGAUGUGUGGAAAAUGUCCGCGGGGUUUCAGGAUCUUUCAGUUCUUCCAGAGGAGUUCAAGCAGAUUAAAGAAGAACCAGAUGAGCUGUGGAGCAAUCAGGAGGAAGAGCAGCUUCAAGGAACAGAGGAGGCUGAUAUCAUCAAGUUCACGUUUUAUCCUGUCGAAGUGAAGAGUGAAGAUGACGAAGAGAGACCUCAGUCCUCACAGCUUCAUGAGAGACAAGCUGGAUUCAAGGGAGAGGACUGUGUAGGAGCAGAAAUAGACAGGAUAUCUGACCCAGAGGGAGACUUCCAGCUAGAGACUGAGGUCAAGACUGAAGACUCCUCUGAACCGGAGACUGAUGACAGCGCUGAUUGGAAGGAGACUAACGAGUACAGUUUGCUGGAAAACACUGUAAAUAAGAGAAGGAAGUUACAUGACUGCUCUGAGUGUGGUAAAGAGUUUGACCGAAAAGGUCACCUGAUGAUACACAUAAGGACUCACACAGGAGAGAAACCUUUUGGCUGCUCUGAGUGUGGCAAAAGAUUUAUCCAAAAGGGGUGUCUUAACAGGCAUAUGAUAAUUCACACAGGAGAGAAACCCUACAGCUGCUCUGUUUGUGGCAAAAUAUUUAACAAUCAAAGUACUGUGACAAGACACAUGGUCAUCCAUACUAAGGAAAAACCCUUUACCUGCCCUGAAUGUGGUAAAAAGUUCAGCCUCAAAGGUCUACUUACACAACAUAUGAGAAGUCACACAGGAGAAAAACCCUUCAGCUGCCCUCAUUGUGAUAAAAGAUUUAAACAACAAGGCCAUCUCACAGAUCACAUCAGAACUCACACAGGAGAGAAACCCUUUCUCUGCUCAGAGUGUGGCAAAAGAUUUAACUAUCAAAGAAGUUUGGUCACACAUAUGGUCGUUCACACUGGGGAGAAAGUGUGUUCCUGUUGUGAGUGUGGUAAAGAAUUUAGCCAUAAAGUUAGCCUGAACAAACACAUGAUGAUUCACAAAGGAGAGAAACCCUUCAGCUGCUCUGAGUGUGGCAGAAGAUUCAAUCGGAAAGGUAAUCUGAAUCAACAUUUGAUGAUUCAUAAGGAAGAGAAACCCUUCAGCUGCUCUGAAUGUGGGGAAAGAUUUUAUCGGCCAGAUUUUCUGACACAGCAUAUGAGAGUCCAUACAGGAGAGAAACCGUUCAGCUGCUCUGAGUGUAAUGAAAGGUUUAAAUCCAAGUCUCAUCUGAAAGCUCAUAUCGCCCAUCAUGCUGGAGAAAAACCAUUUAGCUGCAAAAUCUGUGAUAAAAGAUUUGCUUGGCGUUCUCAGAUGAGACUUCACAAAUGUGUUGGCGGUAAGGCUUUGGAGCCUCUUCAUGUCAAAACUGAGGAAGAAAAAGAGGAAAUAGGAGCAGAUGGAGAGGACUCGGGGGGGGCAGAGCCAGACAGGAAUGCCACUGUUUUCCCCACCAGCCCAGUGAACCUUCCCCCACAGUAAUUCAGUUAUCGUAUAUGCAGUAUGUUAUUGAUGAGCUAUUGUUUUAUUCCAACAGAGCAAAACAUGUUUUAUGUGUUUCACUGUCCUUUUUUUUAGAUUAUUAUGUUUCCAGGUGCCAGUAUGGUUUCUAGAGUGACUGGAUACCAGCCUACAUUAAUCAGAUAGAUUUGCUUCAAGCCCACCACACAGACACAGCACUCUGAUGCUAAACAAAGGGCAUAAAUAAACACGAUUUUCCAGUGUUGACAUUUUUGCUUGAUUGGUGUUCUUUAAUAUUCUAUUAUUUUGAAUAGUGUAUGUUUGAUUUUUGUGAGCUGUAAGUCUUAAUCAUCAAGAUUAAGGGCGUGAGGCUUUUUGGUAAAGACCAGAGAAGAGAAAAACUUUCUGAUAAUACAGUAGGGUUUGGCUGAAAUCAGUUAAAGGUUAUGGACUCUCAGUGUCUAGGGACAUGAAAUUGCAUGACAGCAUUUUUUUCUUUUGUACUAAACUUUAUUUCAGGGGAAGGUAAAUGAGGUAAAUG